AUGGACGAAUCGUUUGAACCACCAAAGCUGUUCCCAGUUAGUGCCAGUCAAUCUAUACAGCCCUUCAAGCAGAAGAUAGACAAGGGGAAAGGAGUCGAUCGUGGCGAUAGAAGUUUUGGUUUUGCCCAGGGCUCAUAUUCCCGUGCAUCUACACCAUCGAUCAUGAUCGACGAGAUGGACGAUGAUGAUGAGCCCUUGACAUCACAAGCACCCCCAGCGUUGAAAGGUGAUGCAGAUGCGGCAGACUCUAUCUGCAUGUCUGAGGAUUCGGACGACUUCUAUCAUUCAGUAAGAUCAGGUGAUGCAGAAGACUUAAUGGACGUAGAAGAUUCCUCUCCGCAUAAUGAUGCUCGUGACCUUGCCCAGUCAAUUAAUGGGAUGUAUCGGGUGCUGGAUUUGAUUAAUGAAGAAGGCAGUGGUGGGCUAGUGGACAAAGUUAUCAUAGCGCAAGAUUCACUCCGCGCAUUCAUCAAUAGUGUUUGCCCAGGCACAUAUGUGUCCAUGACGAAAGUAAACUUCAGCGCUUUAGACCGCUUCAUCGUGAAGCCUGUUGGCGUGUACGGAAGUAAGAGUGAAAUUGUACGACUGUUGUCGUCUCUGGGUGUCGUCGAUGAAGAAAUCGCAAAACAACUCAUCACGAACCAAAGUGACUCCAACGUUUCAAUGCCGAGUCUUCGUUCUGGGCUGUACAUAGUCCGUGCAGUUUGCGAGGCUACACCUGACCAACAGCUUUUCCUCAUCUACUGGCCGGAGGAUUCGACAUGGGAUGACUCAGCUCCUUCGUCUGUGAGACGCAACCGCGUGGCCUUCAUGAGAUACCUCAUGAAAAUGUGUGAUCAAGUCACAGCACUCAUUUCCCCAGAGCAUGCUCGAUCUAUCGUAUGGAAUUCCCAGGAAGGCGAAGACACCGUCAUGGAUCUGGACGAAGAUCACGAUGAGUCCAGUAGGCUGUUCACUUUUGAAGUCGCGAAAACAAAUGAGCAGGAAGAGGCGGUAAAGCCGCGCCCGGGAUUCAAGGCUAUGUCCAAGCAUAUAGCCAUGCCCCAGCCUCACCCAGAGGCACCGGUGGACGUCAAAGUGCUUAAGCCUGAGUUGUUGCAUGGUGAAACGACUCAAGGGUUCAUGACCGUCACAUUUCAACCGGGCAGGCUCAAUGCCGAAUCCAUGAAAAAUCAAUCGUUAACUAGCAUCCAGUUAAGCAAUUACCUAAAGAAUGAUGCCUUACUGAUCAGCAAGGACCUUGAUCCAGAGGCCCUGAGCAUUCUGCUAUACAGUGGCAUCCAGGAUCGUUUCCGACAACAGUGUGAACAGUUUUGGAAGCAAUCCGCGACUAUCUUAUCGAAUACUAGGUCCAACAAGGAGUCAGAGACAAUGAGGGCCUUAGUCGAUGCUAUCAUCGAGAAAUUUCCUAUCUUCACUCACGAAUCUUUCCCAUGUCCUACAGAGCGCGAGCAGGGCGGCACGUCGACUCUAGAUUCAGGUGUGGCUGAUGUUCCAAUUGGUACCGACUCUUCUACCUCCGCUGUCAAUCCCUCUCCGGAUCCCACCGGACAGGAACAGGAACGUCAUUCAGUGCGAAAUGACCUUAACACUCUCAUUGCCUUAUAUCCGGACAUAGGUGAAGAGCUUCGUCGCAAGGAGCAUUCGGGUAAAAUCAACACACGAAAUUUCAAGGACUGCAAAGAACGGAUCUGCAUUGCCCGGAAUGUCCUUGGUAACUCUGCUGACAUGCCGGAGGAAUCCCGUGAAAGUUUCAUCAAUAUCAUUCUCCGCGAGGACAUGUCACACGUUAAGGAAACCUUGAAAUCGAUCAGCAAAGGAAACGUUCCGCAUGAGAAGCCCAGAGGAAUAGUAUCUACUGUCUGGAGUAAAUUCACUUCGAUCAUCUCACCUGACCUGGAUUUGCAUAUCUUCGGUAAGACGUUAAAGGAGGCAGACGCCGAUUCUAUCAGCGACGCUCAGUUCCUCACGGAGUUGGAUAAUACCGAAAUACCCCCUAUCUUGGGAAAAAUCGUAGAAGACACUAGGGCAGCGGCUCUGGAUCACUUUAGAUCAAACUUGACGAAGCAGACCCGAUUUUUAGUGCAUUUUGCGCUGCGCAUACAAACCGAACAAUGCUCACUUCAGGUUCAGAGAGAAGCUGCCAGCCAUGAAGAGGAGCAACUUACUGAGUUGCGGAGGACGUUCAUCCAUGAAAUCAACAAUCUUUCGCAAACAGGGUAUCAUGCGUACACCUUCGUUAUCGAUUACGCGGAGAAGACACGAAAAUAUUACUCAUCGGAUAUAUUCAUCUCUGGCCAAAGGGAAUAUUUCCAGGAUCCUGUCUGUGAAUUCUCCGUCCAUCUCAUGCAGCUGAUGGAACAUGAUCAACACUCAUUAAAAAUGGACCCUACCAUGAUUCCCUCGCCGAAGUUCAUUGGUAGGCACGUGUACUCUUUCAGAUUACCUCUCGGAGAUUCAGUCGCGAGAGCGCAACUUCUUUCAGGUGAUAAGAUCUUACUCGCAACGACUGAUCGGUAUGGGAACCUAAUGGUGUUCCUGGAAAGCCUCCACGCGAUCGAAGGCGCCUUGGCUCAGAGCCGCGGAAAAAAGCUGAAUCGCGAUAAAAUCGGCGAAUUUAUUCUCGCAUUUGACGAGUCGAAACGAUUGCUCAGUGUUGUCGCUAGAGAGAAGCUUUUGUUGCACAUCUUUGUUCAUGACAACACCCGUGGUUUCCAGGCUUCUGGCAGCGCGAUUAACUUGACUCAGUGGUAUGGCGAAGGAGUCUCAAUCAUUCAUGCGUGCUUCAUCUGUGGUAGCGAAGAGCUACUGCUCGUCGAUUCAUUGGCACAAGCCAGAAUAUACUCCUUGACAACGAUGCAAUUUAGACCCGCAACACUCAAUCUCAUUCAGAUACCUAAGGCAGUCUACUCCACUCCAGAUGGUUCUUGUUUGAUCGCCGCUCACGUGUGUGGCUCUGAAUUGACCUUGACUGCCUAUCACUGGAGUACCUUUGGCUCGACAGAUGGCGUCCCGCUCGAAAUUCCAGAUCUUCCCUUGGAUCAACCGUUGCUAUUGACUUCUUUAAUAAAAAGGAGCAUCGUUCAUCUGAUUACGCUUGACAUCGACUCAAAUUCUUGUCGAUCAUUCGCUCUCGACAUCACUCGCAGGGUGACGGAGUUUACCUUUAAAGAGAAGGGCGGACGAGGAGGAGUUUCUCAGUCCGAGAACGCCACUGCACACAACUGUCUCAUUGAUUGUCACGCUGACGUGUGGACUCGUUUCCCUGUUCUCCCUGCCGUUCAGCGGGAGACCAUUACAUCGUCCAGUAACAGAUGUCCGCGAACAUUGGUGUUCAUUACAAAUCGGGACCAUCAUAUGUUCUCACCGCACUUCCACGACCUUAUCUACAACUUUGAAAGGACGUCAAAGAAGCCAACGGGAACUAUCCUAAAAUCAAUGACCAUCUCUGCCACUACAUAUUCCGGUCUGUCCAAUAGUCUCCUUGGAGCUGCAGAAUGGAGCGUGUCGAAGUUCAGAGCCGGGGAAUGGUUGGUGGACAUCCUCUGCCUCAUUCCAAUUCACAUCGCAGUGACGAGGGAGAAUCGUUUCAUUCCACUCAAGGAUGGUGUAUAUUCAACCGAACUUGAGAAGUCCCUCCUCGGCGCAGAUGUUAACUGCAUUGUCAAUCACCUGUCUUUUGGUUGGUAUGAAUCUUUGUUCCAGUCAUACAUGGCGAAAAAGCCGGUCAAAGUUGUGUCGUCCAUGGGCGAACAAUCGGUGGGGAAGAGCUUUGCCUUGAACCAUCUUGUGGAUACGUCAUUCGCGGGAUCGGCCAUGCGUACGACAGAAGGGGUCUGGAUGUCAGUAACGCCGACUAAAGACGCUCUUAUUGUUGCUUUGGAUUUUGAAGGUGUUCAUAGUAUUGAGCGUUCUGCUCAAGAAGAUACAUUGCUCGUGCUAUUCAAUACUGCGAUCUCUAACUUGGUGCUAUUCCGGAACAACUUCGCCUUGAGCCGAGACAUCACAGGCUUAUUCCAGUCGUUCCAAUCAAGCUCGACAGUCCUCGACCCAGCAUCCAACCCGAGUCUAUUUCAAUCAACGUUGGUGAUCAUAAUUAAAGAUGUCGUGGAUUCGGACAAAGCAGAAAUUACUCGAGAGUUCGCCCUCAAGUUUCAGCAGAUAGUUCAAGAUGAACAAGAGGCCAACUUCAUUUCUCGUCUCCACGCUGGGCAGUUGAAUAUCAUCCCUUGGCCGGUAAUUGAGUCGCAGGAAUUCUAUAAGCUGUUCCCAACUCUCAAACGUCGACUGGACAAACAAAAAUUGACGCAUCAUACAGCAGGAGAAUUCCUUCAUGUUAUGAAGACCUUGAUGGCGAAACUGAAGGCAAAUGAUUGGGGUGCUCUGUCACAAUCGAUGGCCUCGCAUCGAGCACAACUUCUAUUAGCCAUGUUGCCGAAUGCGUUGGCAUUUGGACUGCAAGAAGUUAAUCCCGACCCGGAACCUCUCAAGGGGGGGGUGCAAUCUCCUUCUCGCGAGACCGCUCUCCAAGUUUUGUCUCAUGCAUGGGAAGACUAUGGUUCUCGCCAUCACGUGCCGGAGGAUCUUUGGAUCGAGAAUUUGAUUGCUCACAUCGACAGUCUGGUCAAUUUGCGCGUCGCCCAUGUCCGCGAGUGGAUAUCGUCAAACGUCGCUCGCUUCCAAAACGGGCAGGCAAGCAUCGACGAGCUGAUGAGAACGUUUGAAAGCGCGACAGUAGACCUGAAGAGCAACUUGCAGUUGUGCAAGAUGAAGUGUGGAAGUUGCGAGCUGCUCUGCAUUCAGAGCAGAUUGCAUGACGGACAACAUGACUGUCAGACGUCUCAUGAAUGUAUACAUUCUUGCGAUUUUUGUGCGUCAUCGGGAGAGGCAAAGGCUUGCACCAUGUCAGCGGGGCAUCCGGGCAACCAUAUAUGUGUUGUAAAUACGCAUCUUUGUGGUCAAGCCUGCAAAUUUUCCGGGAGACAGGGAUGUUUGGAUGAGUGUACAAAGGUGAUCGGUCAUGCAGAAGACGACCAUCUGUGUGCUGCUAUUGUGCAUGCCUGCGGUCAGCCCUGCGAUCUGUCGAAGCUCAGGUUGGAUGACGGAGCCACUCUCCCUUGUCGCGACCAUCUUCACGGUUUGGAAGACGGCGCUAUCCAUCUUUGCGGGGAGGAGCAUUCGUGUUCCGUGCAAUGCACUGCCGAGGGCAUCUGCGAGAUUGAGACUGCGCCACAAUCGAUCGAAGCGACGUUCACCGGAAGGCACGAGACGUUUCAGUACACGAAGUACUCACAAGUGGCUAAACGACUGAGAUGUGCCAAGUCGAUACCACCAGGCCAGGUAGCCCAUACAGGUCGGCACAACCAUAGUUUGGACCAAAGAGUGGUGCAUUUCUGCAGAGCGAAGUUGAAACUUUCUUCCAUUUUUGCGGUCUUUCCUCAUUCUUCUCGUCUUUUCAGGUGUGAUCACUGUGGCUACUAUUGUACAUUGCCACUCGGUCAUCCGCAGCAAGAGCAUGAAACGAGACACGGAUCCAUGUCCUCGUCACGAUGGGCAGUCGAUGGCCCAGAUGAUGCGGGUCUCGAGGUCGAAGGCCGUCGCUUCUCGUCAAAUGAUGAGGGUGCACCGAUGAUGUGCAACCUCGUCUGUCAGGCGGGAAUAACGAGGUUCACUAUCUCUAAGAGAAUACUGCCUAACCCGGAACGUGCCAAGGACUACAUGAGCACAAUCUCUUCUGGCGGCGGGCCGGUGAGUAAUUUUAUGAUUAUCAUCCUGGGCUGUGAUACAUGGUCCGCAGGCUUCAAAGACCCCUAUUCUCGGGAGGAGCAAGCAAAUUUCGCCAAGUGUGACUCAAUGUGUAGCGGCCCGAGCACACUGCUGCAGCCGGAAAUGCUGCUCAGCCAUCCUAUUGCUCCUUACCUUGUUUCACCCACGGAUGGAUCCUAA